ACUCCAUUUCUUUUUUGUUACUUUCAGUCACCGCAAAAGAAGAUAAGAACAUUGCAAAAAUUCCACCUUGAACCUCGUGCCAAAUAUCCACAUGUCAACUUCUCAUCAAAUACGGGGUCCAUUUCCAGAUCUUCAUUUCGUCCUUGCACGGAACGAUUUUCUCCCCAACUAAAUUUCAUCCCAUUUUAGUCAAUCGAAAACAAAAUUUAUUAUUAAAGAAAAAAUUGAAAAGUAAAAUUGAUUGAAUUUGUGAAAAUGGAGCAUAAAUGUGAUAUAUCAUAUGUAGCAAGCCGAAGAUUGAGCACUCUAGCAAGACAUUUGGAGGUUUCAACAAUUGAAGCUUGUAAAAAUGAAGGGUUAAAUGCAUCAAUUACAUCUGGGUUUGAUGGGAAUUCCAAUUCUGUGUUUGCCCAUGUUGUUAAAGCUCCUGAAGAUCCAAUUCUUGGGGUAACUGUUGCAUACAACAAAGACCCAAGUCCUGUAAAGUUGAAUCUAGGUGUCGGUGCUUAUCGAACUGAGGAAGGUAAACCUCUGGUUUUAAAUGUAGUGAGACAAGCUGAGCAGCAACUUAUUACUGACAGGUCUCGAGUUAAAGAAUACCUCCCAAUCACUGGGCUUGCAGAAUUCAAUAAACUGAGUGCUAAAUUGAUGUUUGGUGCAGACAGCCCAGCUAUUAGAGAGAAUAGAGUCACUACUGUCCAGUGCUUAUCUGGCACAGGCUCUUUGAGGGUGGGAGGUGAAUUUCUGGCGAAACAUUAUCACGAGAGGACGAUAUACAUUCCCCAGCCCACAUGGGGAAACCACCCGAAGAUAUUCACACUGGCUGGCUUAUCUGUCAAGACUUAUCGUUAUUAUGAUCCGACUACACGUGGACUACAUUUUAGCGGCCUCUUAGAAGACCUUGGUUCAGCUCCAUCAGGAGCUAUUGUGUUGCUUCAUGCGUGUGCUCACAACCCAACUGGUGUGGACCCAACGAUUCAACAAUGGGAAAAUAUCAGACAAUUGAUGAGAUCAAAAGGAUUGCUACCCUUUUUUGACAGUGCUUAUCAGGGAUUUGCAAGUGGAAGCUUAGACACGGAUGCUCAACCUGUUAGGAUGUUUGUGGCUGAUGGUGGUGAAUGCCUUUUGGCUCAGAGUUAUGCUAAGAAUAUGGGCCUUUAUGGUGAACGUGUUGGCGCUUUAAGCAUUGUCUGUAAAACAGCUGAUGUGGCUAACAGGGUUGAGAGUCAACUGAAAUUGGUAGUUAGGCCCAUGUUCUCAAGUCCUCCCAUUCAUGGUGCAUCCAUUGUAGCUACUAUUCUCCGUGACAGGAAUUUGUUUGACGAAUGGACGGUCGAGUUGAAGGCAAUGGCUGACCGUAUAAUUAGCAUGAGGCAGAAACUCUUUGAUGCUUUGCGUGCUCGAGGUACACCAGGUGACUGGAGUCAUAUAAUCAAGCAAAUUGGAAUGUUCACUUUCACCGGACUAAAUAAGGAGCAAGUCGCUUUCAUGACUAACGAGUACCACAUUUAUAUGACAUCUGAUGGGAGGAUUAGCAUGGCAGGUCUAAGUUCCAAGACCAUUCCUCAUCUUGCAGAUGCUAUACACGCUGCUGUUACACGCAUGUCAUAAAUUGUUCCUUAUUUACGAUGUCAUUGCUUCAACAUAUUGGCUGGAGCAUGUUGAUCAGGUCAAGCUUCAGUAGAGUUAGGUAAUCAGGUGUAAAGUGUAUACUUCCCUAUAAGCGUAAGAUCUUAAUACAUACGGAGAACUUCGUCAGAAUGUAAUGACAUAAUAAUAAUAAUAAUAAUAUUCCGUAAUACGUAGUAUAUUUCGUACUA